CGCCUUCCCUCGGGUCCACGGCGCGGGGGUACCCGAACCCAUCCGCCCGCAGUGCGCACGCGCGGCCCGGCCUAGGCGCGCUCUCUUCCGCCCGGGGCCUGGCAGCAGCGAAAGAAGCCGGGACCGGGAUUUGGACCAGGCCCCUGACCCGGCCCAGCAUCACACACCCUGCAUUUCCAGUGCUUGGGGAGAGGCUAUUCAAGAUACAACCAUGACAAGCUCUCCUGUCUCCAGGGUUGUAUACAAUGGGAAGCGGAACAGCAGUCCUCGCUCUCCAAGCAAUAGCAGUGAGAUCUUCACUCCUGCACAUGAGGAAAAUGUGCGCUUCAUCUAUGAAGCAUGGCAGUGUGUAGAACGGGAUCUCCGCAAUCAGAUGGCAGGUGGUGAGCGAGGACUUGUGGAAGAAUAUGUGGAGAAGAUGCCAAAUCCCAGUUUAAAGGCAUUCAAACCUGUUGACUUGAGUGACCUAAAGCGACGGAAUACACAGGAUGCUAAGAAAUCCUAAGUGGCUUGGUCUGGCCCGGCCCCAAGUGCUCGCCUGUGGCCACCGGUACAUGAAUUUGAUGACUUUGUGUUGGUUUCCUCCUUUGAUCUGGAUCAUGCCUGGGAUUGGCUUUGAAUUUCCUAGGAAGGAUUGGCUUCUUGCUCCUCCUUCAACAGGCCUAGGCUGCCUGCCUUCAUUCUACAGUUGGGCCCAGGAUUUCUCUUUUUUCCUUAGUAAAUGACAUUUUGCUCUGGCAAUGAUUGAGAAGUUGAUAUGUGUCCCAUCUGAUUAGGAGUGUGGAAUAAUGCAGAAGAAUCAGGAACAAUCAGGCCUACUCUCUCCCUGUAGUAUUCUCUCUCUCUUUUAUUAAAGAUUUUAGCACUAAAAGAUAGUAAAGGGGGAAAGGGGGAAAAGAAAGAGAAAGGAAGAAAAGAAAGCAAGAAAUGGAUUACUCCCAUUUGUCUUUUUACAUAUUACAACAGAAUAUACAUAUUACAUAAUUAGUUAUGCAUCACUCUGUAAUAUUAAUACAUUUUUUCUUUUUCUAAAAUGAGUUUCUCCUAAUUAACAAAACUAAAAGUUACUACAUCUUUUUCAUUUUGCAAAAAGUCCAUACGGGGUUUCCAAACUUGUUGCUAAUGACCUUUCUGUAAUUAAACAGGACAAUUUGUCCAUUACAUCUAAAUAUAUCAGUUUAUCCCACAAACUCAUCCAUAAUAUUGGGUUCUUCCAUCUUUGAGCGUACAACAAUCUCUUCUGCCAUGGUCAUAUACUGGAGCAAUCUUUCACAUGACUUUACAUCUAAUAGUCCCAAAACAAACAGUUCUGAUUUUAAUAGGCCAUUAGUCUUUAAAAUUCUCUGCACCAACAUAUUUAUUUGUUUCCAUUUUGUAGGCUUCUUCACAUGUCCACCACAUGUGACAAAAUCCCCUUUUUUCACAUUUACAGCAUACAUCAAAAAUGUUUUUAUAGGUUUCUGUGAGUUUUUUGGGCUGUAUUGCCAUGUUCCAGUAGCAUUAUCUCCUAAUGUUUCACCUACAUAUGUGGCUGGCAGCUUCAGAGGUACUCAUUCUAGACAACCUUUCUGGUAUCAUGUACUAGCUGUACAUCAUUUUAUAAGCUGAUAUAAUAUAAAUGUCAGUCCCUUAGACCACAUGGUCUCCUGUUAGUCCAUUUUUAUAUUCUAAUGAGUGUUCCUGGCCCAUUUUAUCAUGCAAUUUUUAACUUAUUCAUCUUUCAGUUCAAACUGCAACAAUUGUUUAUGCAUCUUAGUAAUUACAUGCUCAUCAUUUGUAUAUAGUUGAUUCACAUUCUGAUUUACUCUGUUCAAAGCCAUACACUUUUUUAUCCCUUUAAAAUCUUUCUAUUAAUUGUAAAUAAUACCACUGAAAAACAUAUCCAACUGCUUCUAACAGCUCUCCUGAUUUAAUUUUGUACCCCACCAAUGCCAUUCCAAAUUUUAGCACAUCAUUCAUUUGUCUUUGCCAGUAGUUUUUGGAUUAAAAAAAAUUCUUGUGCUGAGGCCCAUAAACACAUUUUGAGCACAGCCUGGUUUGUAUCUAUUCCAUAUUCACAGUGGGGGAUGUCUUACAAAAUUAUUUUUAAAAUUUGCUUUAACCUUGACUCUCAGUACUGAAAAAGUCGAUGGCAUCCAAAUCUCAAAUUGUGCCCUUCCAACUUUUAAUAGUCUUUUAUUUUAUCACCCACUCCUUAAUCCAAACAAAAUACCACAAAAUACAAUUUAAAGUGAGGUAAACCUAAUUCUUCUUUUUUCUCUGCAUCUUUUAAUACUUUCUACUUGUGGUUUCUUCCCUUGCCAAAUAAAUUUGCUUUUACUUGUUUGCCAUUCCUUAAAAGGUAUACCAGUCAUCAAAACUGAUAUUGUCUGGAAUAAAGCAUCAUUCUAGGUAAAACAUUAAUUUCUAUCAUGGAAUUUUUCUCCCUAUAGUUUUCUCAAACCCUAAACCUUCUUGAUACAAGCUAAGAAAUAAUGACCCUCGGACGGAAAUAUUAAGGGUGGCUGUCGGCCAUCUUGUCAAUACAUGUGGAGAUUUAGAUUGAAACACAUAGUAUCUGAGCUUCUGGUCUGGAGGUUAAAGGGUGUUGUGCUGCAUUGGCUAUAUGUUAAAAGCCAAGCCCUUCAGAACAGUAACGGGAAAGAGCAGAAAACAGAGGUUAAGGCCCCAAGACAAAUUGAUGGAAUUUUCUUGUAUGGACAAAGUUUAAUGGUUUCCCUUGCCUUCUACUGAAAAGAUUUUCCAGGUUCUGUUCCUUUGUACCCUGUCAGCAGCCCCAGCUGGGAGAGGGAGCAGAUGUGACAUUUCUGAGCUAGCCCUAGAGCCCAGCCCCUGUGCCACAGCAUUGCUGAGGGAUAGCAUUGGUAUGUCCUGAGAACUGGUAAAUGGCAGAAGUACCCAUGCUUCUGUCCAGCCCAGGCACUGAUGUUGGAAACUCUAUCCAGAUGGGUAGAUGAGGGAUAUGGUGGCUGUUGCUUUCCUUUUGUUAUGCUCCCUCUUGGUCUGUGUCUGUCUUCAAGGAGGUUUGUAAAUAAAGGCUGGUUGGUCAUUUUGA